UUAGGAAAUGUCGCAAAGGUGACAGGAGCGGUGCGCCAUUAUACACGACUCCAGCAGGCGGAGGUGCUGCGGCCGGGGAGGUGCCCGGGCGGAGGCGGAGGAGGAGGAGGGUGUAGCCGCCGGGAGGAGGAGGGCUGAGCCCGAACACUUCUCACACAGCGGAAUAAGGAAGCGCCGUCACCCGGGGUCCCCCCGCCACGGACCGGAGCUCGUCCACCCGAUCUGCAGGUGAAAGGAGAGAACACCAGAGACACCAGAGAGGGGGGCCGAGGAGGAAGACCCCUAGGAGGACGUCAGCAGGUGCACCAUGGCUCCUUUCCUGCGGAUUGCCUUUAACUCAUUUGAGUUGGGACCUAUGCCAGCACAGUCUGAACAAUACCAGCCAUUCUGUGCCGUGAAGGUGAAGGAAUCCCUCACUACAGACAGAGGAAAGACACUCGUCCAGAAGAAGCCGACGAUGUAUCCAGACUGGAAGUCUUCGUUCGAUGCUCAUAUCCACGAGGGUCGGGUAAUUCAGAUAGUGCUGAUGAAAGCGGCUGAGGACCCCCUCUCUGAAGCCACAGUUGGGGUCUCUGUACUUGCAGAGCGCUGCAAGAAAGGAAAUGGCAAAUCAGAGUUUUGGUUGGAUCUGCAGCCCCAGGCCAAAGUGCUCAUGUCUGUGCAGUUCUUCCUCGAGGACGCCGAUUGCAAACAGUCUGUGGGUGAAAAUGAAGGACUCGUAACUAUCAACAGGAGGAGAGGAGCCAUCAAACAGGCCAAAAUACACUACAUCAAGAACCAUGAAUUCAUUGCCACAUUUUUUGGCCAACCAACCUUCUGCUCUGUCUGUAAGGAGUUUGUGUGGGGCUUGAACAAACAAGGAUAUAAAUGCAGGCAGUGUAAUGCUGCCAUACAUAAAAAAUGCAUUGACAAGAUCAUAGGCAGGUGUACGGGCACAGCCACCAACAGCCGGGACACCAUGUUUCAAAGGGAAAGGUUUAACAUCGACAUGCCUCACCGGUUCAAAGUUUACAAUUAUAAGAGCCCUACUUUCUGCGAUCACUGCGGCAGCUUGCUGUGGGGAUUGGUCAAGCAAGGGUUAAAAUGUGAUGAGUGCGGUAUGAACUCGCAUCACAAGUGUCAAAAUAAAGUGGCUAAUCUGUGUGGCAUCAACCAGAAACUCCUAGCAGAAGCUUUGACCCAAGUCAGCAUAAAAUCCAACAGGAAAUCCGAUUCUGGCUUGGACAACAUUGCCAUAUACCAGGGUGUAGUUCCAAAAAGUCCAGCUGCUGCAGGACUGGAUGCAACAGCAGACAACCAGUAUGACAGACUCUGGGAGGGAAACAGUCCUCAGCCGAAUGUCAGGGUCUCCAGCCUCAGAAACCGCAUCAACGUGAAUAAAUUCCAUUUCCACAAGGUUCUUGGGAAAGGCAGCUUUGGGAAGGUAUUGUUAGCCGAGCUCAAAGGCACAAACGAGUACUUCGCAAUAAAGGCCCUGAAGAAGGACGUCGUUCUGAUUGAUGAUGACGUGGAGUGUACCAUGGUGGAGAAACGAGUGCUCGCUUUGGCCUGGGAAAAUCCCUUUCUUACACACAUUUACUGCAGCUUCCAGAGCAAGGAACAUCUUUUCUUUGUCAUGGAGUUUCUGAAUGGAGGCGAUCUGAUGUUUCACAUACAAGACAAGGGUCGAUUUGAUCUUUUCAGGUCUACGUUCUAUGGAGCCGAAAUAAUAUGCGGAUUACAGUUUCUUCACUCCAAGGGCAUUAUUUAUAGGGAUCUGAAGUUGGACAAUAUCAUGCUGGACAAGGAUGGUCACAUCAAGAUUGCAGACUUUGGAAUGUGCAAGGAAAAUGUGUUUGGGGAAAAUAAAGCCAGCACGUUCUGUGGGACUCCAGAUUAUAUUGCCCCAGAGAUACUCCAGGGACAGAAGUACACAUUUUCUGUAGACUGGUGGUCUUUUGGAGUUCUGCUGUAUGAGAUGUUGAUAGGACAAUCCCCCUUCCACGGUGAUGAUGAGGAUGAACUGUUUGAGUCAAUUCGAGUGGACACUCCCCACUUUCCACGCUGGAUUACAAAAGAAUCAAAAGACAUCCUAGAAAAGCUGUUUGUGAGAGAGCCCACAAAAAGACUUGGUGUGAUUGGGAACAUCAAGCUGCACCCCUUCUUCAAGACCAUCAACUGGACUGCUCUGGAGAAGAAAGAAGUGGAUCCUCCUUUUAAACCUAAAGUGAAAUCUCCCAGUGACCACAGCAACUUUGACCGGGAAUUCCUUGGCGAGAAGCCACGUCUGUCCUACAGCGAUAAAAACCUCAUUGAUUCAAUGGACCAAGCAGCUUUCCGUGGGUUCUCUUUCAUUAACCCCAAAAUGGACCGACUGCUUGAGAAAUGAUAAUAGUGUUUCCUAUGAACUGUAGGUCUAGAUUUACACUAAAGGGAACAACAUCCAGAAUAACAUCAUCCCUGUACUGCAGGACCGACCAACCAUCCUGGAGCUCCUUUGUAUUUUUUUAUAUAUCUAUCACUCCGCCUGCAGAUGGGGUUCUUAUUUUAAGCAUAAAUAUUUAAUGCCAUCUGGGUACUGUACUUGAAUGUAGUUUAUAUGCUCAAAAGUAUAAAUAUGAACUUUGCUGUAUAUACUGCUAGUAGGGGUAUACGUAAUGUAGAUGGGGAGAAGAGUUGGAUGAAAAUAUUUUUUACAUUCUACUCCAGCUUUGUUCAAAAAAAAUAAAUGGUUAU